GAAUUGUAUGCUUUAUGUCUGUUUAGUUCACUAUACAUAGAAUUCAGAAUAUUGUGGAUAAAAAUGGUCAAAAUUGGACUAAUAAUAUUGUUUCUGGCGACUAUAUUUUCAUCAAUUUUUGCUGACGAAGCAAAAUUGGAUACGGAGUCGAAAAAACUUCAAAAUGGAACAAAAACGCCCAUUGAAAUUUAUCGGAAUAUGUUUAAAAUGAAACGAAGAGAUCAAAUCCGUGCAAUUGAGAGUUUACUCAUUAUGGAUGACGUGGAAAAACAACAUAAAAUGAUUGGUAUUAUGAUGAAAACAAUUGAAAAGACGAUCGUCAAAGGUAAGCAAAUCUUAAUGGAGGAAAAUUACAAAGCUGGCGACCCCUUUCCAGAGAAAAUCGAAACUAAAGAAGGUUUUUCAAUGGUGUUAGAAAACACUGCAUUAUUCACUGAUUUAAUAGUUCGUUUCCCGUUCGUGGCACAACGAGAAUUAAAACAAAAUACUGAUUGGAAAGAAACCAUAAUAUGGGGUAAAAAUGUAUGCGAAAAAAGCGGCGUUUUUACUGAAAAACAUCAAAAAAUUUUGCACAGUUUAGGACAGGAAUUAAAAAUUGACGAACCUGACCCAAGUUAUGAAAAUCCGUUUAAAAUUAAACCGGAAGUCGAUCAAAAAACUGAGGAAGAAAGACAAAAAGAAUAUGAAGAUAAAAAGCGGAAGGAGAAACUUGCUGCAAAAAAGAAAAAUAAGAAAUCGGGACCAAAGUUAUCCAAGCAUGAACUGUAAUGAGACUGACAAAAAUGUCGGAAAAUUUUUCCCAAAAUAAAUUUUGCCAUCGAAGCCAAUUAAAAAAUAUUGCCAAAUUGUAGAAUUUCAAAAAUUGAUGAAAUUAAAUUUAGUUGAUAUUUACGAUACGCAUUCAUAAUAUAAUACUAACUAAAAAUGAAUCAAAAUGAACAAAUCAGCAUAUCAGCAAAUGGAAGAGGAAAAUCGUCUUAUCGAGAGAAUAAAAGUUAUGACAAGCUAAAUCUUUAUUGAUAUUUAUAAAUGAACCUCGUAUAUCCCCGCAUGUAAGCCGCUCCCCUUAAAACGGUAUAAACCGACCUUACAAAUCGUAACACGCUGCAAAUGGUUGCAGGAGAGAAUUAGUGCAAUCAGAGUUAUGCACAGAUAAGCCCCGAUUCCUAAGUUGGCAACUUUUUUCUGGCUCAUAUACUGUAUACGCGAGAAUAUACGAGCGAAGCAAUAUUCAACCAUUAGAAAGAUAUUGCAAACUCGAGGUUGGCUUUUGGACCAAUCAUAUUUAUAGCUCUUCUUUGAAUGCUGCCAUAAAAUUUUAUGAUUUAAUUAAAAAAUUGUUUUGUGCAAUCUUAGGUCAAUUUUACAAUCAUUUUGUCAAUUUAUUUUGUUAUGUCCCCACGGUGCUGAGUUAUCAACUUAGUUAGUUAUCAACCAGUAGUUUAUGUACAUGCUAUAUACUUAUGUGCAUCUCAUUUUUCCUUCGAUAAACAGUGCCAGCUUGAAUUAUGCAAUAACUUACUUGGACCAUCACCAUAUCAUGUUACCAUUUUUUUUUCAUUUUUCAAAAAAAUUUUUUUUUUCAAGACACAAAGUAAACAGAUGUAUUAUUUUGCUGAGUUGUUUCUAUUGUUGUUUGUCUUAUUGAAUAACUUGGUGUUAUUGCUACAAAAAAAUCACUUUUUUCAGAGAUUACUGGUCUAAUUGAUUUAACAGAUUAAGUACUUUUCACUUUACGGCAGUGAUUCCCAAAGCACGGGUGGUAAUUGGUAACAGUUUAAUAUGGCCCGUCGAACUGGAGUGAAAUUGUUUAACACUUAUGUUUUUACCUUUUUGCGUUCUAAAUCCUGCCAAUUGUUACAUCAUUAUCACAGUUUAAGCAUGUAUAUAUUCAUAACAAUUCAGUUAUACCGGUAUCUUAAAUAUACGCACUGGUACUGCUAUCACACCCCUUUCCUGGCUCGUGAAUAUCCUUCUGCUUCUAAUUUUGGCUCCCCUGUCAAUCAACAUUGGGGACUAUUUAUUUCAGAAUAGAUACCUGCACAAAUUUAUAGGGAUAAGUAUGUUACAGUUUUCUUCAUUUUUUAUGUACUGGUAUGUCUUUUAUGCUACAUUUUAUAUUGUCGUAAUCAAAAAUUCAAAAUCUAAAUUUUUUUUCAUUUUUUGAGUUUAUCAUUAAUGGAAAAAAAACUACUAAAUUAUCAUUUUUUAUUCUCAAAACCUAGUCAAUUUGAUCCACUGUGUCACAGUAUCUGUUGUUUAUUUACUACUAUUAGGUAAUUUGAAUCACUUGUGUAAGUAAACCUGUUUUUUGUUAGUCUUCUUUUUUGUGACUGUAUAUUUUGUAUUUCUUUUAUGAGUUCCUUUCUCUGGGAAAGUUUAAAAAAAAUUUAACCCUGCCCUCCAUCGAAAGGCUUUUUUAAUUCUUCGUAUAAUGUCAUAUUUUAAAAUUUUGUCAUUGGAAUUUUUCACCACUAGGUAGGUAGACUUAUCCUUUGCAGAGUGUGAUUGAAGCUUAGUAGUCAGCUCGCUUGGAUGAAUUUUUUUUCCAAAAUCACGUUUUAUUAGCCAUUAUUUACUUGUUUUUUGAGCUAUUCAAAGUAAGGCCCUAUUGUUGGUGUCUAUUCAUUUUUAAAUUGACUUUUAAGACUUCACAUGAGAGUGAUCGAAACUUAAUACUUUACUGUUCCAAAUAGAUUCUAAAAAAAUAUCGGGGCUCCCGAAGUAUGCGAACCAAGAUGGCGGACAUCGGAAUGUAAUAUGUGUACUAGGUUAGGGUUAGGCC